GGAUCCAGACCACGUCAAACGAUCGAAUUGCACUGUGACUGGCACUAGCAGCUGGUGUCAUGAAAGCGGAGUCCCCUCUUGGGAAUGCAGCGACUUCAGAGCUCCUGAUCCGGCAAUUUUAGCCACAUGCUUAUAGAAAAUAGAUGACAACACCCCUUCUAGGUUAUCUUGGACAUACAGUCAUUGGACGAGCCAUCCAGGAAGCCAAUUGCAAGGUGUCUCCUUUUUUACGCGGGGGGGUCCUCGUCAAACAGAAACAAAUCGGUCUUCCACGGAUCGCGGUCUACUGAGUAUGGGAGCGCUAUGUUGUCCAGAAAGGGGCUUAUUCCUGAAGAUUAUGUGCUAACGCGGCUGGCGGAGGAUGUAUUACAACCUAAAUUUAAGACGAGACAAAGGAAGGCUCGGUUCGUGGCCAAGAACGGAACCUGCAACGUGGCCCACACGAACAUCCGAGAGCAGGGGCGCUUCCUACAAGACGUUUUCACCACACUCGUGGAUCUGAAAUGGCUCCACACGCUUAUCAUAUUUACUAUGUCUUUUUUAUGCAGCUGGCUGCUUUUUGGGAUGGUCUGGUGGCUCAUAGCGUUCGCGCACGGGGACCUGCAUGAGAAAGGGGAUGAUUUCGUUCCCUGUGUCACCUCCAUUCAUUCGUUUUCGUCUGCAUUUCUGUUCUCCAUAGAAGUGCAGGUUACGAUCGGCUUCGGGGGCAGAAUGAUCACGGAGGAGUGCGUCUCGGCGGUCAUCACACUCAUCCUCCAGAACAUCGUCGGCUUGGUGAUCAAUGCCAUCAUGCUAGGCUGCAUCUUCAUGAAGACGGCUCAGGCUCACCGUCGAGCCGAGACGCUGAUCUUCAGCAAGCACGCCGUGAUCGCCCCCCGAAACGACAAGCUUUGUUUCAUGAUAAGGAUCGGCGAUCUGCGGAAAAGCAUGAUCAUCAGUGCCGCGGUGCGAAUGCAGGUGGUGCGGCGGACCACCACACAAGAAGGGGAGGUCAUCCCCCUUGACCAAAUAGACAUUCAGAUGGACAACCCUAUUGGGACUAACGGUAUCUUCCUAGUGUCCCCCCUGAUCAUUAGUCACAUAAUUGACAAAAACAGUCCCCUAUACGAGCUGUCAGCAGCCGAGCUCCAGCAUGAGGACAUUGAAGUCAUCGCAGUGCUGGAAGGCGUUGUUGAGACCACAGGCAUUACCACGCAGGCUCGGACGUCCUAUUUGUCGGAGGAGAUUCUCUGGGGACAGCGCUUCGCCCCCACCGUCUCCGAAGAUGACGGGAUGUACGCAGUGGAUUAUUCGAAGUUCGGGAACACGGUCAAAGUACCAACCCCUACAUGCAGCGCUAAGCAGCUGGAGGAGGAAGGCGGGUUGUCACGGUACAGACUCAGCGAGUCCUUGCAGAAGGAAUCGGUGAGAAGACGGCAGCAAGCUGCGCCGGCCGCUGAGCUCGGGAGCACCGAGUAGUUAUUUAUGAGGCAGUAGUGAUCUUAAAAAUGAUAUAAAAAAAGAAGAAACAUGCACACACUUUAGGGUUGUUCUGUCUACGGAAUAGCUUCCGGUUAUAUGCAAGUGCAUUUUUAAAAUAUAUGGGUGCCAAUUCUAUUUUUCGUUCUUAAAUUUAAACCAUUUUUAUAUUUAUGCACUUUUAUAUAACUCUUGUACUUUGUUACCAACAGCAAAAAUCAUAAUGAUUUGUGAGCCUAUUGUGGAGAACCAAUCAUGGAUGAUGAAUGUAACCUUUAAGAGGAAUACUCAAUAGCAAUAGCAUUGAAUGAAUUGUACACAUUUUAUCUCAAUGAAUGAUUUUUUAUGGCAUAUGAUCUUGUUGCACAUGAAAAUGCACAAAAAGCAUCAACUGCUCCUAGGAGGAAAAAAAUAGGUCUGCCAGGUAAAGUUCAUUUGCACAAUUUGCAUGAAUUUCCCCAGAAGUCGGGAACUGCUGUCUGGGAAGGCUUUUCAGUCAGUUUGAGAGGGGCUGGUUUGUUUGUUAUUGUCAAAUGACAAUAAACUGGAAAGCAAUUUUUGCAACUAA